UUACAAAUCUAAAGCAGUUCAUGCAAUUUUACGGAAGAAACUUAUUUAUUUUUCAUCAAUGGUAUAUUGAUAUAACCUGAAAUUGCACGAGCAUGCCGCCGAAAAAGAAUGCUGGUGCCGCGAAAACCAGUAAGGGUAAAUCCUCGGAGGAGAGUGGCAAAACAGAAAAAAAAGGUGGAAAUGCAGUGAAAGUUAGACAUAUACUGUGUGAAAAACAAUCGAAGAUAUUGGAAGCACUGGAAAAAUUAAAAGCUGGUCAAAAGUUCAAUGAAGUUGCAGCGACAUACAGCGAAGAUAAAGCAAGAUCUGGGGGUGAUCUUGGUUGGAUGACACGUGGUUCCAUGGUAGGACCUUUUCAAGAUGCUGCCUUUGCAUUGCCAAUUUCUAAUCUAGCAUCUCCAGUUUAUACAGAUCCACCAGUAAAAACAAAAUUUGGAUAUCAUAUCAUAAUGGUAGAAGGUAAAAAAUAGUUUUGAGUACAUAUUUUUAAAGUACUUUUAUAAAGUUGUUAUAUUUGAUUAAGUAAAUAUAUGAUAUAUAUUAUUAGGUACACUUUGUGAAAGUCUCUUGUUUAACAUCUGUAUAAUAUGCAUAUAUUUUUUUAUUAAUAAACAUAAUUUUAUGUAA